AUGCCUUCUCUUCUGAUAGCCGCAGGCCUACUUUUGGCCUAUGUCGUCUUUUUUUUCUUUUUCAGCGGUCCACGCCUCCCAAAAGGUUUCCCAAUCAUUGGCGCCAAAAAGACCGACUGGUUUCCAUUAUUGCAAGCAACAUGGCGUAACUCAUUCAACAUCGCUGCUGGCAUCAACGACGCCUAUAGGAACCACAAACACAAUGCUGCCAUUAUGCCCGUCAUGGGCCUUGGAGCGGACACUCUGAUCAUGCUUCCCUCAUCCGAUUCGAAAUUCAUAUCGGAGCAGGAACCCAAGGUGCUCAGUCUACGUGAAGUCAUCAUCAACGGACUGCAUUACCGGUAUACACUCUCUGACAAAUAUAUUCUUACGCACCCGCUGCACAAGAAACUCAUUACCACCACACUGACCAACCAAGUCGGAAUACUUCUUCCAGAACUGGCCAACGAGACUACGGUGGGAUUCGAGAGCCAGUGGGGCAACGAUACAGAAGCUUUUCGCGAGGUCAACGUAUGGGACACCGUAGGUCGCGUUAUCGGAUGUGCGACAAACCGCGUUUUUGUUGGCCUUCCAAACUGCCGUGAUCCGAAGCUUCUCGACGCAGGCUACGCCUAUGCGCGCUCGCUCCCAGUGAGCGCCACCCUGAUCGGCUGGGUUUGGGAGCCUGCGCGACCAUUGAUUGCCCGGUUGAUCGCGCUGCGAACGCGUGCCAUGGAAAGACGCUUCGCGAAGGUCCUUUUGCCCGAGAUCGAGCGCCGGCUUCGAGAGUACGAUGACAAGGAGAAAUCUGGUUCCAGCAAGAACGAUUUCCUGCAGUGGAGUAUAGCACAGGCCAAAGAGAGCGGCGAUGCGGAGAUGUGGAAACCAACUACCCUGGCAAGCCGUAUCUUACUCAUGAACAUGGUCUCCAUUCAUACCUCCUCUAUGACAUUCACCAACGUCCUGCUCGACUUGGUAUCCUCGAAGCCGGAAUACAUCGAAGAGCUACGCACCGAGGUAUCCACGGUCCUCAGAGAGUCGAACGGCGUGUGGACCAAAGCCACACUUGCUCGCGCCAUAAAACUCGACUCCGUCUUCCGCGAGAGCGCGCGUCUCAACACCUCGGUCGCUGUGGGUCUGCGCCGAAAAGUCAUGGUCAAAGAGGGUAUCACCACCCCAUCCGGCGUGCACAUUCCCUACGGCAACGUCUGCGCCGUUCCUAGCCUCGCCGUCUUGACAGACGAGACCAUAUACCCAGACGCGGACAAGUUCGUACCGUUCCGCUUCGUUGACCAACGCCACAACAUCAACACGGGUGACCGACCCAAAGACCAUGUGUCGAGCUCGCGGCUGUCUUUCUAUGCUACCAGCACGGAUUAUCUUGCUUUCGGUAAUGGCCGUCAGGCGUGUCCGGGACGAUUUUUCGCCGCAUGCGAGCUGAAGCUCAUGCUUGCUUACAUCUUGAUGAACUACGACUUGGAGAUGAUGGAGACACGGCCCAAAGGUAUCUGAGUCGGUGUUUUGAGGAUGCCAGCCACUGGCGCUACUAUCCGGAUACGGAAGAAGAAGGUGCCACUUGCGCACUUUUCCACAUUUGGUCUGGAUGAUGAAUAAAUGGUUAAGGUGGGAAUACGGAGAUACAGAAUGUGCGUUUUUAGUAAGAUCGCAACGAUAGUAGAAUGCUAGUGAACCAAAACCAGCAGUACCGCUCUUUUGGUCAUUAUAUGAGAUUCAAAACGCAUGUCGCUUUGCCAUAUG